UUCCUUCCGCCCUGCACGCGCUGUCGCCUGGAAGCGCGAGCCCGGUACGUUUGGCGGAAACUUUUAUACGUUUCGGACGCGUUCAAAGUGUUAAAUUCCGCGCGAAGGGGGCCGCAGAAACGAGGAGCCGACGAUGGGCGUGACCAAGCAGUACCUGCGCUACGUUCCCAGCGCCGUAUUCGGCGUCAUCGGCGGCCCCAAGGCCAACGUGGCCUACGUGACCCUGCGCGGCGGCGAGAGGGGGCGUCACGUGGCGGUGGCCGCCUGCGAACACGUCUUCGUGUGGGACGUCCGCAAAGCGGAGAAGGUGCUCGUCCUCCGGGGGAGCAAACAUGAAGUGACGUACCUGAGCCCCUCCCCCGACGGCGCUCGCCUGGCCGUGGGCUACGAGGACGGCGCCGUGCGCAUCUUCAGCCUGCUGAGCGGCGAGAGCAGCGUCUCCUUCAGCGGACACAAGUCCGCUGUCACGGUCAUCGGCUACGACGGGCUCGGCGCCCGACUCGUCACCGGCUCGCGGGACACGGACGUGAUCGUGUGGGACUUGAUCAACGAGUGCGGCCUGUACCGUCUGAAGGGACACAAGGACGCCGUCACACAGGCGCUGUUCCUGAAGGACAAGAACCUGCUGGUGACCAGUUCAAAGGAUUCAUUUGUCAAGUGGUGGGACCUGGACACACAGCAUUGCUUCAAGACCAUGGUGGGACAUCGUAGCGAGGUGUGGGGGAUGGUCCUGCUGAACGAGGAGGGCAGGCUGCUCACGGGUACUGCUGACAGUGAGCUCCGCGCCUGGGACCUCAGCUACCUGGAGCAGGGGAAGGACCUCGGGGAGCCCAGUAAGAAGAAGGUGAAAGGCCUGCUGGAGGAGGACAUGGAGGAUGGAGAAGACGGAGUGGACGAGAGCCCCGAAGAGAGGAUCCUGCGGUGCGACAAAGCUGGGUCCAUCUUGAGGGAAUCCAAGGACAGGGUGGUUUCCCUGAUGACCGACGCCAAAGCCAAAGUGCUGCUGUGCCAUGGCACGGACCCCACGCUGGAGGUUUUCGCCGUGCUGCCCGCCGAUGAGGUGCAGAGGAGGAUGGAGAAGAAGCUGAAAAGGGCCAAGAAGAAGGCCAAGUCCCAGGGCGGCGCGCAGGGGGUCCCGGAGCCAGUCGUGGAGAGGAAGCUGGACGAUGAGAUCGUGAGGCUGGUCAGCAUCAGGGCUUCUGCCAAGAUCCGGUCGGUGGACUGUGUGCUGACCCCCAGCGGGGAGAUGAAGGCGGUCCUGCUCCUCCAGAACAACACGCUGGAGACGUACUCGCUGAAGACGGACAAGAAGGAUGCCGAGGCCACCAAGACGGGCCGCCUUACGCUGAGCGGUCACCGAACGGUCGUGCGUACCAUAGCGUUCAGCUCCGACAACAUCGCCGUGCUCUCCGCCUCCGCGGACACGGUCAAGGUGUGGAACAGGUCCACGCUGCAGGUGAUCCGCACCAUGGCGUGUGAGUACGCGCUCUGCUCCCUCUUCGUUCCCGGAGACCGACAGAUCAUCACAGGAACCAAGAGUGGGAACAUGCAGAUUUUUGACUUGGCCUCCGGGAGUCUGCUGGAGACAACACCUGCCCACAAGGGAGCGCUGUGGUCCAUCGCCCUCAGUCCGGAUCAGAGGGGCGUGAUCACCGGCAGUGCCGACAAGACCGUGAAGUUCUGGGAGUUCGAGCUCAUUAAGGACCAGGAGUCGGGCGACAAAAAGAGGCUGACGGUGAAGCACACACGCACGCUGCAGCUGGACGAGGACGUUCUGUGUGUGCGCUACACCCCUGAUCAGAGGCUCCUUGCUGUCUCCUUGCUGGACUGCACCGUCAAGGUGUUCUACACUGACACGCUCAAGUUCUUCCUCUCCCUGUAUGGACACAAGCUGCCUGUCCUCUGCAUGGACAUCUCGCAUGACAGCACUCUCAUCGCCACUGGCUCUGCGGACCGAAACGUCAAGAUCUGGGGUUUGGACUUUGGCGACUGUCACCGCUCGAUGUUUGCGCACGACGACAGCGUCAUGUUCCUGCAGUUUGUACCCAAAACCCACUUGUUCUUCACGGCCGGGAAGGACAGGAAGAUCAAGCAGUGGGACGCGGACAAGUUUGAGCAUAUCCAGACGCUUGAGGGUCACCACCGAGAGGUAUGGUGUUUGGCCAUCAGCCCCAGUGGGGACCACGUGGUCUCCUCGUCACACGACAAGUCACUGCGGCUGUGGGAGAGGACCAGAGAGCCCAUCAUCCUGGAGGAGGAGAAGGAGAUGGAGAGAGAGGCGGAGUUUGAAGAAAACUUGGCCAAAGGGGAGGAGCCGGUGGUGCCAGGAGAGACCAAAGGAGAGGCGGCCCCUGCAGGGAAGACGAGCAUCGAGACGAUCAAAGCUGCGGAGCGCAUCAUGGAGGCGCUGGAGCUCUACAGGGACGAGAGCAAGAACAUGCAGGAGCAUGAGGAAGCCUGCAGGGCAGCAGGGAAACAGUUACCGCCACCCAAGAUGAACCCCAUCCUGGUGGCUUAUGGGAACAUUUCGCCGUCACGCUACGUGCUGGAGGUGAUCAGAAAGGUGAAAUCCAGUGAGCUGGAGCUGUCUCUGCUGGUGCUGCCCUUCCCGUACGUCCCAGACCUGCUGUCACUCUUCAACACCUUCGUUCAGGAUGGCCUGGAGGUGGAGCUGGUGUGCCGGUGCCUCUUCUUCCUGCUCAGGGUCCACUUCGGCCAGAUCUCCAGCAAUCAGAUGUUGUUGACAGUGAUCGACAGCCUGAGGAGCAACACCAUCUCUAAAGUGCGGGAGAUGAAGGAUAUUCUAGGGUUCAACAGCGCAGGCCUGCAGUACUUGCAGCGAGAGCUCGAGGCCAAAGAGGACGUGAUGUUCUUCACGGACGCCACAAGUCGCUUCGAGGAGAAGAAGAGGAAGAGGAAGAAGAGGGAGCGAGCCAUCCUCACCAUUGCCUGAAGAUGCACCAGGGAUCUGGAUCUUGCAUGACUUUCCCCAUAUCUGGCCAAGCUGGAACAUCUAGUCCACCAUACUGAGGGUGCGAGAGGCAUCGGGUCAAUCAGGUGACUGUGACGAUGUGGGUCUUGUGAGGUAUUCUGUUGGGCUUCUGGCUCAAGAUACAGAAGCUCCACUUUGUGUGGAACAACCCGUGUAUUUCCUGAAUGCUGUGGAAGGCUCUGGAAAGUUGUACUUUCACCCUAGACGAACUUUCCAGAACCUUCCACAAUGCAGUGGUGUCAGGCUGGGGUGGGUGUGUCGCUCACAGAACACCCGACAAGCUGUGCGCUGGGCUGACAACUUGGUAAUUUCCUUCAAGGGACUGUGACACAGUGUGAUGGAACUUUCACACAUGGUCAAGUGUGUUUUGUAAAGUAAACUUUUUCAUCAAGAU